UACGGGGCAACGUCAGUAUAUUUUGGAUUUUCUCAAACUAUGUAUUAUUGCUAGUCCUUGAAAUUUCAAGUUUUAUUUUUUUUUAAUUGUGUUAGUCAUGCGGUCACUUAACUGUGCGUUUGUGCUGAUGUAUCUUUAUGGUCUGCGGCUGUGCGGCAAAGGAGUAUAAGAUAUUCUGCCAAUACGAUUUGGGAGCUUAUUACUACAAGAAUUCGAGCAAAUUCAAGUGGACGGAAAUCGACCUUAGGCUCUGCACGCAUUUGGUCUACGGCACGGGCGUCGGUGUGGAUGGGGAGACGGGCGAAGUGAAGGUCACUGACGAGUAUCUGUUGUUCGAAAAUGACCUUAUGAGCUUCUCUUCCUUGAUCCGAAACGAAGAAACCCUCUUUACUCCCACUUCCUUGUUCCGGAAUGAAAAAGUUGACAAGGUUCUGGGCACGAUCGGCGGAUGGCCAGAGGAGCCAAGCGACUUCUCCAAAAUAGCAGCGAGCUCUGCCAAGCGCGAGCGGUUCGUAGAAACGGUGAUCGAGUUCAUAUACGAGUGGCGCUUGGAUGGCAUCCAGAUCGACUGGCGCUAUCCAACGCAGCGCGGCGGCAAGCCCGGGGAUCGUAUGAACUUUGUUAAAUUGCUAAAAGAGUUAAAGAGCAGGAUCGAUGCGCAUGGUUUUAUUCUGAUGGUGGCUGUUUUGGGGCGUACAGACAAGAGCACCCUGGAUUGCUAUGACAUUCCCAAUGUGGUCAAGAAUGUGCAUUUUGUUAACCUGAUGUUCCACGACAAUCGGGAUCCGUUUCAGAUGCAUCUCGGAUAUAACGCCCCGCUCGCUGGCAAAAAUAACGUGAUUGAGUCCAUCAUGCUCUGGAAAAAGCUGGGCAAAGCGCCAGCGAAGCUGAUCAUGAACAUUCCGCUCUUCGUGCGCUCGUACCUUAGGAAAAAGGGGCAGACAGACGUCGGUUCCCGGUCCAAGGGUCCAGGACUAAUGACGAACCUGACCAACAAGGCCGGCUUCAUGACCUACAACGAAUGGUGUCCCCAGGCAGGCACGUGGAUGAAGAAAUUUGACGAGCAGGCACAGGUGCCGUAUGCCUUCAAGGGCGACCAUUGGAUUAGCUACGAGAAUGACCGCAGCAUCUCGGCGAAGAUGAUGCUGCUGAAGUCGCAGAAUCUGGGCGGCGCCAUGGCCUGGACCAUCGAUUCGGAUGACUUUACCGGAAAGUGCGGAAAGAAGCACAGCCUCGAGCGCGCCAUAUUGGCAGCCCUCGAACCGGAUAGGAUCCUGGUGGACGUGGAGCCGACAACGCCGCCCCCACCCUGCCCGGAAGAUGGUCUGUUUCCCCAUAGCGAGGAUUGUCAGCUCUACUACGGGUGUUCGAAUGGCCAGCGAUUUGACUACGAAUGCCCCUGGAAAGAAUUCUACGACGCGGCCAAGUUCGAGUGCAGGCCCAUGAAAGAGGUCAAAUGUGAACGAUUGGAAGCCGCACUAGCGGCAAAAAAAUUACGCAGUCGUAGCAGUUCUCUUGAAAAAUCGUUUAUUGUGGAUGCAAAAAACAUUGAAUCUUAAAAUUGUCAAGUAGCCCAAACACAGAUCUUAUCAGCUCAAGUACUGUCUCAAAUACUUAUUUAAUAUAUAAUAUCCAAGAGAGAGUUUUCAAUUUA